UUCUCUGUUUUUGGCGGUUUUAUCUGAUACUCCUUUUCGAUACGUUCGUUAGUUUCUUCCCCAGAAAAUACUCUCUCUCUCUCUCUCUCUCUCUCUCUCUCUCUCUCUCUCUGCAUUGAUUUGUUUUCCAUAUCUUCAAUAACCCAUCUCUCUGGCUGGAGUUUGACUUCAAAUUCAAAUGGGUUUUCUAAGCACUUUCUUGGGAAUUCUUGGCUUUGGUAUUGGACUCCCAUUCGGAAUCCUAGUUGGGUUUUACUUCUUCGUCUAUUCUAAGCCCAAAGAUGUUGAGAAUCCCAUUGUUAGGCCCCUUCACGAGAUGGACACGACUACUUUGCAAGAAAUUCUGCACGAGAUUCCGCUCUGGGUGAAGAGUCCGGAUUAUGACCGAGUGGACUGGUUAAACCAGUUUCUGUUGGAUAUGUGGCCUUACCUUGACAAGGCAAUUUGUAAGACCAUAAGGAUCAUGGCUCGACCAAUAUUUGCAGAGUACAUCGGCAAAUAUCAGAUAGAAUCGAUUGACUUUGGCAAUUUAAGCCUUGGAACUCUCCCUCCUAUAAUCCAAGGUAUGAAAGCCUACGAUACUGAAGAGAGAGAACUGGUCAUGGAACCGGCUAUGAAGUGGGCUGGAAAUCCAAACAUAACUCUGAUGUUGAAAAUUUUAUCUCUAAGCAUCACAGUUCAGUUAGUGGAUCUACAAGUGUUUGUGGCACCGCGGAUAACGUUGAAACAUCUCGUGCCUACUUUUCCAUGUUUUUCAAGCAUGGUCGUUUCUUUGAUGGGGAAGCCACAUGUGGAUUUUGGACUGAAAGUACUGGGAGGGGAUAUUAUGUCCAUACCUGGACUUUACCGAUUUGUACAGGAGGCAAUUAAAAAACAAGUUUCAAUCCUUUACCACUGGCCCCAAACCCUUGAAAUACCCAUACUUGAUGCGUCCACAGUGGCGGUAAGGAAGCCUGUGGGAAUAUUACAUGUCAAAGUUAUACGGGCAAUCAGACUUUUGAAGAUGGACUUAAUAGGAACAUCGGAUCCUUAUGUUAAGCUCAGUCUGAGUGAAGAAAGGCUGCCGGCAAAGAAAACAACAGUCAAGAAGAGGAACUUGAAUCCAGAGUGGAAUGAGAAUUUUAGGCUAAUUGUCAAGAACCCCCAGACCCAAGUUCUGAAUAUCAAUGUCUAUGAUUGGGAUAAGGUUGGCGCACACGACAGGCUAGGUUCACAAGUGGUUCCUCUGAAACUUCUAACACCACAUGAGCCAAAGGAGUUUACACUUGAUUUGCUCAAGAGCACAUUUACCAGUGAUUCCCAUCACAAGAAACCAAGAGGACAAAUUGUGGUGGAACUGACGUAUGACCAUUUUAAAGAAGACAGUGAUGACUCUAGUGAACAUCUCAAAAGAGACGGGAAGAAGGAAAACAGAAUUGAUAGGGCAUCUGGUAAUGAGAGCCCCAGUGAAGCAGGUUUACUUUUGGUCACAGUUUACGGAGCUGAUGACGUUGAGGGUGGGGGUGCUCACAACAACCCAUACGUCUUCAUUCUCUUUAGAAGAGAGAAGAAGAAAUCAAAGAUGAUCAGGAAAACACAUCACCCAAUGUGGAACGAAGAUUUCCAAUUUAUGCUUGAAGAGCCUCCAUUAAAUGAUAAGAUCCAUAUCGAGGUCAUGAGCAAGAGGACACGUUUCAGUUUUCGAUCAAAGGAGUCGUUGGGGUUUGUGGAAAUCAAUCUCGCGGAUGUAGUGCACAACGGACACAUCAACCAGAAAUACCAUUUGAUCGGCUCGAAGAAUGGAGUGGUACACGUAGAACUAGGGUGGAAGAAAACUUGAGAAUCAAGAUGAGGGAAGUAUUUUGUCUCGGCGAGGUUUUCUUUCUUCUUAGCCGAAGAGAAAUCUGGAAUUUUGCAUCAUUUGAUAUGCUUCAGAAUAGAUGGACCUCAUGGAAUGAUGCAGAGUUUUAGAUUUGUAAUUGUUUGUUCAUAGAUGUUCCAAUGAGAAUAACUCUAUUUGUAUGCCCAAUUUUUGCAUCAAUAUCUGUAAAGAAAAUAACUUUUUG